AUGUCGAAGGAGGGUGAAGAUGCUUAUGAGCAACUUGGACCCAAUGCGGCCCCAGAACCGGCACCUCUGCCUCUACCGCCACCACCUCCACCGGAACCGCCAGCACCUCCACCGGAACCACCAGUGAAUGGCGUGAAAACGAAGGGUGAAGAAAAGACGCAAACACUCAGUGUAGAGCGCUUCGCGCUCAGGCCAGGAGAUGAUGUAGACCUUAGUUCUGAGCGCGGCACGACAGCGCCAACUAUUGAAGAGAAAGCAUCGAAAUCAAAAGAAAAAGUUGAAGUAGACAAAAAGCUGGAAGAACCACUAAAACCGCCUAGAUCAGAACCAUAUAAGGAAUCUACAAUGCUGAAAUUCUGUCACAUUGUGACAUUGUUGCUGCUGGUAUUCAGUUUUUUACUAUUGGUGGUAAUAGUAAUACAGUUUAUCGACAUUUUCGUCUGGGUGCCGCUAUUGUUAGACGAAUAA